UCUUUGGCUGAGUGCAUUAAUAGAGUAAAUUUGAUAUGAUUUGCAUAGAUUAUAUAUAUAUCUCUCCAAAAUAGCUUUUAUCAGUGUAUAACUUCUCUUUCUUCUGCAUUAUUUAUGCAAAGUAGAAAACCUCGAGAUAAGCUUUGUAUCAGAGAGCAGCAGGGAUGGACAUGAGCAUGAGACACACUUUGCUGGGGUUAUUCUUGCUUGCAUCAGUCUUGUCUGGCAAUGCUCAAGUGAAGUACCUUUUUGAAUCACCCACUGCUAUACUGAGACCAACAAGGUAUGAGUUACCAAUAGGGGGCAGCGUGACACUGAGCUGCUCUGUGGAGGGCUCUGGCAACUGGACGAUUUUGUGGUACAGAGCUGCUUCAUUUGGUUCUAAAGAAGAGCCAAUGACAGAAUAUGAAGGGAGGAACGCUAUUAUUGUAUCACAAAGAGGUCUCUACUCCUGCAGAGGAAGAAGCGAUUCAGGUCGCCAGACAUACAACAGUGAUAAUGCCAUCAUUAAAGACACUCUUCCUAUUACGGCCAUUUUGACUAUACAGCCCAACUGGACUCAGAUAUACAUGGGAGAGACAUUCACUGUCAUAUGUGAGAUCCCAGGAGGAGAAGGAACUUACUGGAGCUAUGACUGGAGACCAGAAAGGUUUACCACAUAUUACACAACCAAUGAAAGAACAUUCUACAAUGUUGGUUGGGAAGACAAUGGAAAUUAUCAAUGCAGGGGCAACAAGGGGCUUUCCUUGACAGAAUGGAGUAAUGUCAUUCCAGUCACUAUAUCAUUUAAACUGCAUCCUGUCCUCACCGUGUCUCCUUCAUGGCUGAGUCCCGGAGCCUCAGUAACUCUGAGCUGUGAGAUUGAAUAUCCCUCGGAGGGAUGGAGCUAUUACUGGUAUAAAGCUAUUCCUAAUAUGGACAUAAAAGAAGAGCCCUACAAGUACGAGCUGCUACCAGAUGGCAGCGAGACUGCUCAGACUUUGUACAUCAUUACCGGACAAACACACACAGCAGCAUAUGUGUGCAGAGCGCAAAGAGGAAGGAACUACUACUACACCUAUUACAGUAAACCAAAGUUUGUCUGGUCUGCAGAUCUUUAUUCAGCAGCAUCUCUCACAGUCGGCCCUGUAGAGCAAAGAUUAGGCUUUGACUUUGUCAGACUGACCUGUACGGGAAACUCUACUUGGUGGAGAGUGAGGAAGUUCCCUGAGAAUAGCGUGCCGUAUUGCAGUGACGUUUGGAAUCUAGGAGAAUCCGUAUGCACACUCUACACAGUAAUUUCAUAUUCAGAUGAUGGAGUGUACUGGUGUGAGUCUAUGUCAAAACAGUUCAGCAAUGCAGUCAACAUCACUUUACAGGAUUUUUAUUCUGGUCCUCUCAUGGUGAUCCCUGAUGAUCCUGUGAAAAAGGGAACUUUCGUUAGUCUUAGCUGCAACUUGAGAAUAAAAAAAAUCUUUCCCUUUGUGGCUUUUUACCACAAUAACAAACUUAUUCAAAAUGACUCCCGAGAGGAGCUGAACUUCUUGGCAGUGUCAAAGUCUGAUGAAGGUUCCUACAAGUGUCAGUACUCAGGAAAAGAGUCGCCAUCACGUUGGAUGUCGGUUAAGUCUGCUGCUGGACCUGAAAGCUCUUCAUUUCCUGUCAGAAUGAAAGUCAUGAAUGCAGUCGCCUUCAUCCUGGUCAUGGAGAUGGACAGGCUGCCUGAUGAGGUCAGGCUGGACUCUCUGUAG